GACAUGGAGGCCCGAUUAACGAGAGAGGCCCAUUCCGACACGUCAAACCUACACUAACGCAGUCCCGGAGACGGAAUCCGGUGACAUUUUUUGGAUAUCACGGAUACUAACUAUUGUGAAGAAAAGGAGGGAGAGGGAGCAGAAACAGAGGGAGAGAUCCAUUUCGGGUCUCUGUUGAUUCAACGGAGCCGCCAUUUUGUUGACACACGUAAAUACUGGGGCAACCAUGUUGAUUCACACGAUUUUAAUCCGAAGUAUGUGAGCGCCUCUUGGGACCGUUAUCAAGUGCGAAGGAGAGAGAGGAGUGGCCUGCCAGGAGAGGGGACUACGUUACCACAACCAAACAAGGAUUGCUUUUCAAACAUCCCUCCCCCCUUCCCCUUCAUUCCCCCCAUCCCUCCUCCAGAACUGACCUCUGCAACAAGCCCACCUUUUUACUAAAGAGCACACCCAGCUAACUGAUCACUCACUCACUCACUCGCUCACUCACUCAGUGACCUGUUCUCAUAUAUAACCGAUGGAUCCGAGGAGUCAGGGGCCGCCCGCCACACCACCUCCCCUUCCCUCUGCCGCUCUGCCUGCAGAACGAGAAAAGGAGGGAGUGGGUGGAAAGAAAGAGGAGGAUGAGGAGGAGAAGAAAAAGAGGGACGGGGUGCAGGGCGACAAGGGCGGCUCCAGCCAGCAGCAGCAGCAGUCCCCUCAGUUCUCCGUGAAGGAGACCAGCUACUCAGAAGGCAACGUUAAGCUCAAGAUUGGCCUCCAGGCAAAGCGCAUGAAAAAGCCACCCAAGAUCCUGGAGAACUACGUGUGUCGGCCCGCCUUCCGGGCCACGGUACGACAAGGGGCGAGGGGCGGGGGGCGAGGAAGCCGCGGCGGAGCAGUCACCAACGAUGGCGGCGGCUCCUCUUGCACUAAAGAGGGCGAGAGGAGUCCAAAUGUCAGCCGAGCAGUAGGAGUACCUCCGCCUUCGUCACCCACUGCUACCACCUUGGCUCCUCCUCAGCCUCCUCCUCCUCCUCCUCCUUCUCAGCCCCCCACCGCCACCACCAUCAGCCUGUCCACUCCUGUGAGCAGGACUGGUCCCGCAAAAAGGGGUCCUCCCAAACUGGCAUGCAAAUCAGAAGGGAAAGCAGAUUUGAAACCUACGGCCUCUGCUGACAGACCACUCAACUUGCACCGCCCUGUGCCAGAUAGCAAGAUGCACUCCUCCAUCAAAAAGACACUUACACCCCAAUCCAACCAGCUCAUCCCCUCCUCGCCACUACCCACUACUGCCACCCCAUCACCGCUGGAUCCCAAAACAGAUGAGGCAGCUAAACCCCCACAGUACACCUAUGCUGACAGCCAGAAGGAGCAAGAGAGGGCCAUGCCAAGCUGGGGUGCUCCUACCGUUACAGAAAAACUGGCUCAGCUUAUAGCCACCUGCCCGCCUUCAAAAGGCCCAAAGCCCAAGGUGCGCAAAGUCUCCCCCUCUUCCUCCCACAACAGUUCCCCACCCAUGAUUUCCAACUUGCAGCGGCCGGAGCGAGCUAUGGCUAACAGGGCCACCUAUUCCAGAGCUGUGCACCUGGCCCCUCCUCCGCCUGUGUCCCGGCCCCCGGGUCGCCCCUAUGGCUCAAGAAACAAAGACAGUGUUCUGGAUAAGCUAUCUGGUGCCCCUAGGAAAGAAGAAACUGAUGGGGUGUCAAAGGGAGGCAGCAACAACAUCAGUAGCAGCACCUCUGCUACCACAACCAGUCCUGCACUAGCUCACAGCAGCAGUUGCUUGGAGACUAUUGCCAGUGACAGCAAUGACGGCAACAGUGUCAAGUCUCAGUCACGUCUCGGGCACUGCCCACCCACUUCUUCAUCUGCUACACCUCCACUUUCCUCCUCCUUCACCUCCUCCUCCUGCUCUUUCAUUGCUACAGAGAGGACUGUUGGUCUUCAGAGCUCAGCAGUUUCUUUGGCUCCUCAUCCCAGAGUACACCCCUCUCAGAUGGAGGAGAGCGGAGAGAGAGAAAGGGAGCGAGACAAAGACAGAGAAAGUCCUAGAGACUUAGUUAAAAGUUCAGCACCUACAGCACUAGGGAAACAAGACGCUAAGGAAAAGGGGCCUACAGUGGGGCCUCGAGGUGAGAGGGGGAAGAGUUCAAGCCCAAUAAAACGCAGUCCUAAUCAGGAGGGUCACAACAGUAGGGCUCCUAGCCCCACUGAGCCUGCUAAACGCUCCACGUCACCAUCAAACCCUCCUACCACUGCCUGCAGCAGCCCUCCUUUGCUUAGCGAGGACCCUGAGCCAGUAUCACCUUCCUCUCUGGCGGAGCAGGACAGCAAGCCGUUGAAGAAACGCCGUGGUCGCCGACCUCGGUGGACACGGGUGGUCAACCGCUCCCAGAGAUCAGCACAGGAAUCUGCUGCAAGCCAGCCCAAGUCCAACAUGCCUCUCCCUACAUCAGGCCUUGCAAACCCCCCACCUGUUCGCCGACCGGUAGGGAGACCUCCCAAUGCUCAUCGUGUGCCCCCAGUUGUCUCACAGCUCUUCUCGCCCCCACCCAAGAAGAGAGGCCGUCCCAAAUCCAAAAUGCCUCGACUGGAUGCCCCAACACGCGGACGCCCCCCUCUCAAGCUUGCCCCUUCCAAAGUAUUCUCUAUGAUCAAGUCCAAAGAGGAGCAAGACCCUCCUGUUCUACAUCCUGAAGUAGAUCUGAACCCCCCAAAACCCAUGCCGAGGAAACGGGGCAGACCCAAACGCUUACCACCCACUCUACCACAAGAGACCCAGCCCCCGACAUUGGCUCCUGAGGCUGGGGAUGGCUCCGGGGGUGAUAAGGGGUUCCGCAGUAAGGGCAACGGGCAGCUCAUCAUGAAGACCAUCAUAGGCAAGAUCAAUAAGAUGAAGACGGUGAAGCGUAAGAGGCUCCUGAGUCAGAUCCUUCUGGGACCUGGGUCCGGAGCCGAACAGGAAGGAUCUAGGGGGUCAGCUGGAGGCACGGUAGUGGCUGCAACUCAGUCCCUGUCCUCCCUGGCAGCUACUUUUGGUGGAAAGCUAGGACCACAGAUCAAUGUAAGCAAGAAAGGCACAAUAUACAUGGGCAAGAGGAGGGGACGCAAGCCCAAGGUACAGACAAACCCUUCCACAGGUGCGCCCACGCCACCACCCGACACUUUCCUGUCCCCCAACACGUCAUCCCCACACCACUUGCACCCUGCACCAAACCAAGCCAUGCAGGGUCAGCAGCACCAGCUUCCCCCCUCCGAUGUUUUCCCUUCCCCUUCUCUGUCCCAGUCCAGUGGGGGCCAGAGUCCCAUCAGUGAUGGCAGUUUUGUGGAGCCUGGGUCAGCGCACUUCUUGACACACCCAUGCAGCCAUGGCCACCAUUCUUUCCCCUUUCCUCCGCCAACCUUCUCUGUGCCCUCGCCUCGCUCACUAGGAAGCUCCGCCGCAGCUGCUCACCCCAGUCAGAAAAAGUCUACGUGCCGUGGCUAUCACCACCACAACCAUCAUCACUACCGGCCGCACUGCCAUUACCGCAAACUCUCGCCGCCGCGGCCACUGUUGCCCACCUCACCUGCCCCCCUCAGUGAACUGAAGGAGGCCACACCCUCACCUGUCAGUGAGUCGCACAGUGAGGAGACGGUACCAAGUGACAGUGGCAUUGGGACGGACAACAAUAGCACCUCAGACCGUGGUGAGAAGGCAGGGGCAACAGGGCUAGUAGGAGUUGGUGGCAUCCCACAGGGCCUGACUAGCAGUGGACUCCUCAUGCCUGGGGUCAUGGGGUCAGCGGUGAGUGUCGGGGGAGCGGGACUAAACCCCCCAGGUAGGAGGCGACACUCAUCCUCUGUGCUCAUUGAACGUCCCUCGCCAACCCCAUCACCUCUGGGGGCUAGAUCAUCACCAGACCCACGGCGGCCACAUCCUGCGGCACCCCCAUCAACGUUGGUGGGCCACAAGGAGAAACACAAGCACAAGUGUAAGCGGCGGGGACACAGCUGCCCAGGCUAUGACAAACUGAAACGGCAGAAGCGCAAGCGCAAGAAGAAGUACUUACAGCUGCGAUCGCGUCGCCAGGACCCGGACUUCCUGGCUGAUCUGGAGGACAUUAUAGUGCAGCUGAGUGAAAUACGCAUCUCUCAUCGGACAGCCCCUGCCCUGCGGCUGGGUAGCAGCUUGGGUCUCGGGGUUGGAGCAACAGGCAGGGGUACUGGCAUAAGUGGGGCCAGAUCCGGCAGUGGCUUGGGAAGCAGUGUCAACCCUCAACCACAUCACUACCUGCAUCGAGACCUCCUACCCACCAUCUUCCGCAUCAACUUCAGUGGCUAUUACUCACCCCAUCCAGCCUACCCAUGUGACUCGCUGCACUAUGUCCGGAAACCCGACCUGAAGAAGAAGCGGGGUCGACCUCCCAAACUCCGGGAGUCCAUGUCUGAGGUGCCCUUUGUCCCUGGGCUCGGAUUCCCACUCUCUGGAGGAGGAUUCUAUCACCCUUCAUUCUAUCACCCUUCCUCAGCGCCCCUCGGCCUUGGUUAUUAUCGGGGAUACCCGCCAGCUGGAGCCCUGUACCCCCAUCCACACCACCAGGCACCACACUCUGGCCCAACUCACCAUGGGCACCACUCCCCCUCCUUCCACCCUCCUCCACCGCCGUCCUACAUGCACCAUCACCCCUCGCACCUGCUGCUCAACCCCUCCAAAUUCCACAAAAAGAAGCACAAACUGCUACGUCAGGAGUUCCUUGGCAGUGGCCGUUCACCUGUGCUCUACCCAGCUGUGUCUUCCGACCUGUCCUUCGGCUGGCACCACAAACACAAGCAUCGGCACAAACACCGCGAACGCUGUGGAGAGGAGGACGGAGAGGAUGGGGCGGGAAGAGGUGGAGGUGGAGUAGAGGGCAUGGGGACGGGAAGAGGGGAACGAGGGGGCGUGGAAGCUGUUCAGCGUUGCUGCUACGGGCGAGACGGCUCGGCCGAUUCUGGCCCGGGCAAACAGGCAGCGGCUGUCUCUUCUGCCAAUUCCCCUUCCUCCUCGUCUUCGUCGUCAGCGGAAAGGUACAAGCGGAAAGAGACUUCCAUGUCAUCCUGCCUCGGGCCCUCCCGGCUGUCCCUUGGCGGCGGAUCCAGGGGGUUGCACGCCGUGGACUCCUGGUUCAGAAUGGGUAACUCGGAGGCAAAUUAUGCCAAGGUCUCACGGAACCGCCCCUCUAGUCAGGGAGCUUUCUCUGACAGACACUCGCAGGACCUAAUGGGCUGCUCAGACAGCGAGGAGGAUGAGCCUGCUCUGACCAAUGAGGAGGCAGAUAAUAGCUCCCAUCACACUAACUUGUUUGCGUCCGCCCUCACUCGAACCUCCCUUAGGGUGGGCCGAGGCAGGAGCGGCGGGACCUUGGAAAGUGCUAAUCUGAGUCGGUUGGACAGGACUAUGAGGAAGGACCGGUCAACGUCUGCAGAGAGGAGAGAGUCAGGAAGCACAGCUGGUGUUCAGACGCGGGGUGCGCACUCUAGCGCCCACGACUGUUUGGAGGGUGUACUGCACCAUCGGCACCACCACUCACCUCCGCUCAGCCUUUCUCACUCUGAAUCGACCGCCUGCCUGUCCCACUGUGGCCUUGACCAGACGCCGGGCGGAGCUCGGCUGUCCUCCAGCCGACAGGCCAGCCCUUCUGCGCACCCCUCCCAGUCGUGCUGCCUGGAUUCCUCCCCCACGCGCCAUGCCCACAGGGCCCCGCCCGCCAAGAAGAGCCUUCACCACGUCAACAAAAUUCUUCGUGCCAAGAAGCUGCAGAGACAGGCCCGCACAGGGAACAACAUGGUGAAGAAGAGGGGCCCGGGACGUCCGCGGAAACACCCCCUGCCGUCCCCUCUACCCUCGCCCCCUCCGCCCCCGGAACCCGAGAGCCAAUCCCAUCACAGACACCGGGACAGAGGCGGGGUCAGGUGGGAGGAAGACACGGUGAGCGGCGCCAUCGAGGCGGCGGUGCAGGGACAGCGCAGGAAGGGCAGGAAGAGGAAACGCUGUGAACGAGAGAAGGGCGAGGAGGACGAGGAGAUGGAGGAGCCGAGAGAGGAGGAGAGAGAGGAGGAGGAGGAAGUGCUGGGUGCGAGAACAAAUUCGGCAGGAGGAGGAGGAGGAGGAGGAGGAAGAAACUGGCUCACCCAGGACGAGAUUCAUCGCUUUCGCAGUGCCUUGGAGGGAAAAUCUGAGAGCCACUCUUCGCCAGAAUGCUCAGGACCCACCCCCCAGGAACAAGCCCCACCCCCACCGGUAACCAGCCAACGGGAGAAAAGAGCUGCGAGACCACCCAAGAAGAAGUUUCAGAAGGCGGGGCUUUACUCUGACGUGUACAAAACUGCAGACCCUCGUAGUCAGCUGCUCCAGCUGAAGAAGGACAAGCUGGAGUAUAACCCAGCCGAGCAUGAGCACGGGCUUUUCCCCGCCCCCAUCAAUGUCGGGAAGUAUCUGCGUCAGAAACGCAUUGAUUUCCAGCUGCCAUAUGACAUCCUGUGGCUUUGGAAACAUGAUCAGCUCUAUAAGAGGCCAGACGUCCCACUCUACAAAAAGAUCAGAUCCAACGUCUACGUUGACGUGAAGCCUCUCUGGUACGAGGCCACCACGGGUAACUGCAAACCUCCCGACGACCUCGGCGAAAAAGGCUGUUUGGAUGACUGCCUGAACAGGAUGAUCUUUGCUGAGUGUUCUCCCAGCGCAUGUCCGUGUGGGGAACAGUGUGAUAACCAGCAUAUCCAGAGACACGAGUGGGUUCAGUGUCUGGAGCGUUUCCGUGCCGACGGCAAAGGCUGGGGCAUCCGCACCAAGGAGCCGCUGCGCGCCGGCCAGUUCAUUAUCGAGUACCUGGGCGAAGUCGUCAGUGAGCAGGAGUUCAGGUCAGACAUGAUCUGAAUCGCAUGAUGGAGCAUGUACUUCUCAAACAGUGGGCAUUACUGUCUGAACCUGGACAGCGGCAUGGUCAUUGACAGCUACCGCAUGGGCAACGAAGCACGCUUCAUCAACCACAGCUGUGAGCCCAACUGUGAAAUGCAGAAGUGGUCAGUGAACGGGGUGUAUCGCAUUGGUCUGUUUGCACUGAAGGACAUGAGCAGCGGGACAGAGCUGACCUAUGACUACAACUUCCACUCCUUCAACACAGAGGAGCAGCAAGUGUGUAAAUGUGGCUCAGAAGGUUGCCGCGGCAUCAUCGGUGGCAAGAGCCAGCGAAUCAACGGGCUUCCCAGUAAAGGAGGCGGAACAGGAGGCGGAGCCAGAAGGCUUGGCAGACUGAAAGAGAAACGCAAGUCGAAGCACCAGCUGAAAAAACGGGAGGAGGAUUCAAAUGACAGCAGCAAGUUCUACCCUCAUCUCCUCAUGAAGCCCAUGUCCAACAGAGAGAGGAACUUUGUGCUGAAACACCGUGUGUUCCUGCUGAGGAACUGGGAGAAGAUGAGAGAAAAACAGGAGAUGUUAAAGAGAGAGGGAGAGAGAGAACGAGAGAGGGACAACAGCCUCUCCCUCUACACGCGCCUUGGCAACGUUAUACGGGAUGACGGCAACAUCAAGUCAGACGUGUUCCUCACACAGUUUUCGGCGCUGCAGACGUCUCGUUCCGUGCGCACGCGCAGACUGGCUGCCGCAGAGGAGAACACUGAGGUCACACGCACGGCCCGACUGGCACACAUCUUCAAAGAGAUAUGUGACAUGAUCACCAGCUACAAAGACUCAGCUGGGCAAACCCUGGCUGCUCCGCUGCUUAACCUCCCCUCUCGGAAGCGGAAUGUCCAGUACUAUGAGAAGGUCUCCGAUCCUCUGGACCUCAGCACCAUAGAGAAGCAGAUCCUCACCGGUCACUAUAAAACAGUGGAGGCCUUUGACGCCGACAUGCUCAAAGUCUUCCGCAACGCUGAGAAGUACUACGGCCGCAAGUCCUCGGUGGGGCGCGACGUGUGCCGUCUGCGGAAGGCGUAUUACGGCGCGCGUCACGAGGCCGCCGUCCAGAUCGACGAGAUCGUGGGCGAGACGGCCAGCGAAGCGGACAGCUCCGAUUCACUGGAGCGGGACCACGGCCAUCACCACCACCACGGCGGGAGCGGGCCGGGCAGCCACGACAAGGACGACGAUGUGAUCCGCUGCAUCUGCGGCAUGUACAAGGACGAGGGCCUGAUGAUCCAGUGUGAGAAAUGCAUGGUUUGGCAGCAUUUUGACUGUAUGCGUUUACAAGCGGAGGUUGAGCAUUACCUUUGUGAGCAGUGUGACCCCCGCCCAGUGGACAGGGAAGUGCCUAUGGUGCCUCAGCCCAGCUACGCCCAGGCUGGCUCCGUCUACUACAUCUGUCUGCUCCGAGACGACCUGCUGCUCCACCAGGGUGAUUGUGUGUAUCUGAUGCGAGACAGCAGGCGUACUCCUGAGGGCCAGCCUGUGCGACAGUCCUAUCGCCUCCUCUCUCAUGUCAACAGAGACAAACUGGACAUCUUUCGCAUCGAAAAGCUCUGGAAAAAUGAAAAGGGUGAGAGGUUUGCCUUUGGUCAUCACUACUUCCGCCCUCACGAGACGCACCAUUCGCCCUCACGACGCUUCUACCAAAACGAGCUGUUCAGAGUGCCUCUCUACGAAAUCAUCCCGCUGGAGGCCGUGGUCGGCACCUGCUGCGUCCUCGACCUAUACACAUACUGCAAAGGUCGGCCGAAAGGCGUGAAGGAGCAGGAUGUGUACAUCUGUGACUACCGACUGGAUAAGUCAGCGCACCUCUUCUACAAGAUCCAUCGUAACCGUUACCCAGUGUGCACCAAGCCCUACGCCUUCAACCACUUCCCCAAGAGACUCACACCCAAGAGGGACUUCUCGCCUCACUAUGUUCCUGAUAACUAUAAGCGAAACGGCGGACGCUCGGCGUGGAAAAGCGAGCGAUCCAAAGGGGCACCGACCUGCGAGGACGACGCCUCCCCCGGCGGGUCGUGUGACCGUCUGAACGUGGGUUUCCCAAGGGACGUGGAGGACAGAGGAGGUGCUGGAGGGGUGGAAGGAGACAUGGACGUGUCCAUGGAGGGGCCCACCACCCUGUCCUGUGUACCCCCCCAACAGGAACAGAGAGGAAGCAGAGAGGUGGAUGAGGAGGAGGAAGAGGAGGAAGGCGUGGAAGGAAAGGAGAUGGAAGAAGGCGCCACGGAGAGAGCGAGAGGAGGUGAGAUGCUGGAGCCGCCUCCCUCUCCCCUUCAUCCCUCCAUUCUUGGAAGGAGGGAGGCGCAGAGAGAACGACUAAACAAGAUAUUGCUGGAUCUGCUGCACCGAGCACCCAGCAAAAACGCUAUAGACGUGACUUAUCUCCUGGAGGAGGGCUCCGGCCGUCGGCUGCGCAGACGCACGCUCGGACUGGGUGAUUUUGUCAGCAGGAAGUGAUGUCAUCGCCGGUACCCGGUCAGUGCAUAAUCCCUCCUUCUCAAGGAGCGAGACACAAGAAAGAGGGCGGGGCAGGAAGGAGUGAAGACAUUAAAGGAGAUGGAAGGAUAGACAGAUGAAGUACACAGAGGAGAGGUGGGGCACAUUAACUCUUCCCCUCUUUUCCACUUCUCGUCUCCUUCAGUCUCUUUUCCCCUAAAAGAAAGACUGUAUGAAUGAAUGAGAAAAAAGAAAAGAAAAGACCAGAGUGCACACAGAGGACUCUGCAGAGAGUCCUACCCUUUUUUUUUCUUUUUUUUUUUUUUCCAGUGGCGUCUUUAUAGCCUGAUCUGUAGUAGGAAAUGCAGAGACCGAAGUGUCAAAUAAACAUAGGAACAGUUCUUUUAAACAAACAAACAAACAAACAAAAAAAAAAUUAAGCCUUGAAAUUUGAAAAAACUAUUUGCGGAGGAGAGCUCUGACUAAAGUGUAGGCCUUCAUGGGUCUCCCAUUGUCCCCCUGAAACUGGUCGUGGGGUCAGGGGACAUGGGGGACCAGAACCCCCCCCACACGUGGUCUCGGAUGGCAAAACUCAUUGAACCGGUCGAGUAGAGAAAAAAGGAAAACACCCCAGGAGAGAAAAACAGGAGGGAAAAGGAAAGACAUAGGAGGUUGCAGUGUGGUCUACUCACUGCCUACAGACUGAGAGGAGAGGAGAGGAGAGGAGGAGGAGGAGGAGGAGGAGCAGAGAGGAGCAACAGCUAACUGCACUUUUACAACGCGUUUGGCCCCAGUGAUAUGUGGACGAGACACACUAACACAGUAUUGAACCGUGCUGUACAAAAACAAAAGCAAGCGGAUAAUGAGUAUAUUCUAUUCUUUUUUUUUUCCUUUCCUCUUAUACUGUAACACAUUAGGAAUGGUGAAGGACGUGUGUGUGUGUGUGUGUGUGUGUGAUUGUGGUGAAUGGGAAGACUGACUGGCUGACUGUGUUUGUGUUUGUUAGGCAGUCAGGCCCACCCUGUUUUAAAGCAUUUGAUUCACCAGCUGAACAAACUGUCCACAGUGGAGGCUUUUAUUGUAAUGCCUUAGAAUGCCAUGGGCUUGAUGUCUGUGUGUGUGUGUGUGUGUGUAUGUGUAAACAUAUGUAUGUCUGUGUAAACGUGUGUGUGUGUGUGUGUGUGUACACGCCUAUAUGUAACCCAUUAGAAUACUUUAAAACGAAAAAGAUGAAAGAUUAAAAAAAACCAAGGGCUUGACGGCAAUGGAUCCAGUGAACAGAUUCCGAUGAGAAAGAGAUGGGGACAGUUUAUCAUA